UUAGAAAACGAAACACUUUGCUGUGCCGACUACACGUGAGCAACCAAUUGCCAAUUUUUUUUUGCAGUCAAAUUGUGUUUUUGUUAUUUUUCUCACGAUAUGAUUGCAAAAUUAUAAUUAAAAUUAAACAAACAAAAUUAAUUGUGAUAUAAAAAAUUAAAUUAAAAAAAAUUACUCGAAAAUGCAUUUUAAAUUAAUCCAUAACCAGCUUUAAAAGAAAUUUUGCUAUUGGGAUUGUGAUGAAUGUACAAAAAUGCACAUAUAAUUCAAACAAAUCUAAAAGAUUAAAAUUUGUAUACGAAUUCGGUAAUUUACAAAAAACAAAACAACCAAAAAAAUGAAUUGCGUUUUUGAAUUCUUUCGAAACCAUCAUAUCCUGGCUAUUGUAGAAGAUGCCUUGGAAAAUAAGGCAUACACGUUGAAUUUGUCGCGCUUCCAGAUGACCGAUAUACCGGAUUUGGUUGAAAAAUGUGAGACUGUUAUGAAGUUAUUUCUUAAUCACAAUCAUUUAACACAGCUUCCAGACUACCUCAAUAGUUUUCAUCGUUUACAAAUUCUAACUCUGGACUACAAUCAUUUACAACAAUUUCCAACUGUGAUAUGCAAUCUAACGACAUUACGUGAAUUAAAUUUAAGUUGUAAUCAAAUAGACGAGCUUCCGCCGGAAAUAGGACGUUUAACUGAAUUGGAAAUAUUUUGGUGUAAUAAUACAGGGCUCACAAAAAUACCUCAAGAAAUUGCAAAUUGUUUGCGAUUAGAAACAUUUGGUGCUCGUGGUAAUCAAAUUGAUGUACUACCAACAAGUUUUGGUUUAUUACACCGACUGAAAUGGUUAACAUUGGAAAAUAAUCAUUUGAAGACAGUACCAUCAAGUAUUGUUGCUUUGGAAAAAAUGGUUCAUUUGAAUUUAAAAAAUAAUCAUCUAACUGAAGUUCCAACAAGUUUAAUGGAAAUGAAAAAAUUGCAAUUUGUUUUUCUUAAUGGAAAUCGCAUUGAAGCAGUUGAUGGGGAAGUUUUAGAAAAGACAAAAUUCAUUAAGAUGAUCAAUUUGAAUGAUAAUCCGAUUAGAGAAAAAACUGAACUAAUGAAUCAACCACACAUCGUUAUAGAUGGUUCAUCGGUAGGAAAUGAUUCUAAUAACAACGGAGAUGAUACUUCAAACGAUGACGAAGAUAUCCACAACGAUUCUGAUUUAUCCGAUUGGGAAAACAGUGUUGAGACCAGUGAUAUUGACACAACUGACGAAAGCACAGAAGAAAAUGAUAUAGAAGAUAUUUCAGUUCUAAUACCAGAACUAUCUCGAUAUAUUACCAAUUUUAACUGAAGCCAAAGUGAAGUGAAAUAAAACAAAAUCAAGUCAAUUAACUUUUAUAUUUUUAUUAAAUACAACUAAAAACUGUAGUUACUUUGCAAGUAUGAACACAAACAAACAAAUAAAAAUUAUAAAUAGAUUUUUAAAUCCAUUAAAUGUGACCUGACUGAAUGCAUUUUUCUUUUUCUUUA